AUGGUCUUCAAAAAGGCCAAUGGCUAUAAGCCAUGGAUACUACAAGGAACCAUCGACGUCUGCCGAUAUUUGCGCAAGCCUUAUAGUGCCUUCGCAAAAAUAAUCUUCGAUCUGUUUCAGGAAUUUUCAAACAUAAAUCACACCUGUCCGUUUGUGGGCCCCCUGGUGGUCAAGAACUUUUAUUUGAGGUCGGAAUUGCUGCGGUUGCCCUUUCCCACUGGAGAUUACUUGAUGAGUGGCCAGUGUUUUUUUGACAAGAAGCCCCAGUUUGAUGCAAAUGUUAGCUUUAUGUACACAGAAGAUCUCCUUAAGAGAUCUUAA